AGACGAAGUUGGCUAUAUAAUACAGAUUCCAAUCGCCAUAUCUGCAUUCAGCCGAAUUCAUCGUCGUCUUCGCUUAAUCCACGAGCCAGUUUCCCUUCCACCAACCCUCUCGCCCUCUCCAUCAAACCAAACCACCACCAAGGAGAGGCAGAGAGGUUACCCAUUCUCAACCCAUUUUCUCCUUUUACUGUUUAAUCCAAGAAUCCCAUUUCGUCUAAUCAAACCAACAAUCAUCCUUCCCUUCAUUUCACAGAUCGGAGUUUCUGUUUAUACAUUUUGAUUCUCAUUUCAGAACUAUAUAUUCCAUAGAUCCACACCCCUGUUCCUCUGAAGAUGGAUUUUCUUCGACAUUUUGUUCUCGUUUGCGUGAUUUCUGUAGCCUUCGCUCAUGAAGCUUUCGAUUCUCAUCUCCUUCCUAGGCCACUUAUUCUUGAAUUUACUGAUAAAGUGGAGAAUCAGUUGAAGGAACUGGAUGGAGAAAUCAAGUUGAGGUGUGAUAGUUGGAGAUUUAAUGUGGAGGCUAACAAUCUGAAUCCGUGGAGAACGAUUCCCAAAGAUUGUUCUGAUUAUGUGAAAGAGUACUUGACCGGUCGUGCCUAUCAACUUGAAAUGGAACUUGCAUCGACGGAGGCUGAGAUUUUUGCCCAGAGUGUGAAAUUGGUUGGCGAUGGAAAGGAUGUCUGGGUUUUCGACAUCGACGAGACCUUGCUUUCUAAUCUUCCUUACUACGGAGACCAUGGUUAUGGCUCGCAGGUUUUUAAUGCUGAUGAGUUUGAUAACUGGGUCCUGAGGGCCACAGCACCUGCUAUUCAGCCAAGUUUAAAACUCUAUAUAGAGCUUAUGGAUCUGGGAUUCAAGAUAGUUUUGCUUACUGGAAGGAGCGAACGCCAGAGGGAAGCUACAAUACAGAAUUUGAUAAACGCAGGGUUCUAUGACUGGGACAGGCUUAUAUUAAGGAGAGAUGAGGACCAAGGGAAGUCAGCAGUGCAUUACAAAUCUGACAAGCGGAGCGAGAUGGAGAUCGAAGGAUUACGAAUCAUUGGAAACUCGGGUGACCAAUGGAGUGAUUUAUUGGGGACUUCAGUAUCGGUUCGUUCGUUCAAACUUCCAAAUCCUAUGUAUUACAUUUCAUGAAUAUACAUAUUAUAUAUAUAUAUAUAGGGAAGGGAGGGAUCAAAGAUCAAAUCAUCAAUGUUAUUAAUUCAAAGAGGAUUUACCUCUGAAAACCUUGUAAAUAUGUAUUGGAGGUCGAAUAGAACAUACAGUUAAGAUUCAUCCAUAGAAGCUUUUGUUAUUUAAUUGUGUUGAUGAUUGUUCAUAA